AUGAUUGGAUGUCCAAACCAAAGCACACCAGAUGAAUUCCACAUUGUAGCAUUCUCAGCCUCUCCGGCUGGCCAACUUUCACUCUUCAUUGUCAUUCUGUUGAUGUAUCUGUUGACCAUACUUGGAAAUGUCACCAUUAUUACACUUGUAUGCGCAGUAACCAAAUUGCACACCCCAAUGUAUUUCUUUCUUUGUAAUCUCUCCUUUUUAGAUGUGAUAUCCACCUCUUCAUUCACCCCAAAAUUACUUUUCAUCACCCUAACACAAAAUCACAAGAUCUCCUUCCAAGGUUGUAUAACUCAGCUGUAUUUAUUUGUGCAAUGUGGACUUAGCGUGAUCUUCAUCCUGACAUCGAUGGCAUAUGACCGUUACGUGGCAAUCUGUAAGCCGCUGCAGUAUUACUUAAUCAUGAGCAAGGCUCUAUGCAUCACAAUGGCUGCUAUAUCCUGGCUUAUUGGAAUUCUGAAUUCAGUGAUGCACGCCAUACUCACCUCUCUAUUAUUAUUUUGCAUUUCUCGUGACAUCAACAAUUUCUUCUGUGAGCUCAACUCAGUGCUCUCAAUUUCAUCCAGUAACAUCAAAAGCAGGAAGCUUCUAAUAGCUGUUGAAGAUGUUUUAGUUGGCUUUGUGCCAUUUUUGCUUAUCAUAAUCUCCUACAUUUUUAUUAUAUUGAAUGUUUUGAAGAUCCGCUCCAGACAUGGGCGUCUUAAAGCAUUUUCCAGCUGCACCUCCCACCUUUUUACUGUUAUCUUAUUUGGUGGCCCGAGCAUCUUUCUAUACAUAAAGUCAGAAUUUGGACAUGGGGUAGGGGAAGACAAGUUGCUUUCAAUACUUUUUCUUAUUGUGGUUCCUAUGUUAAAUCCUCUGGUGUAUAGCUUAAGGAACAAAGACAUACGGGAUGCCACUAGAGUAGUAGGUAACCUCAAAAAGAAAAUUUUCUAG